UGCAUUGACUUUGGAGAGCGCUUCCGUGACCCUGAAAUUUCAACCAAGUUUGGAUGGGAUGGAAGAGCAAGAUCGCUUGUGGCAUUUUAAAAUGCAGUUGCUUCGCCACAAAUGAAAUCGAUUUAAUUUGCUUCCGAUAGACAUUUUUGCAGUAAUGGAGUGGAAGGGCGGCUUCCAGGUGCUUCGUCGCCUCCUCCAGCUGGAGCCGAGGGGAUCGACCGAGCCGCGCGCCGAGGACGAGGAGGCUCCGACGGCGACGGGGGAAACCUGCGAGAUCGCGCGCCUGCCGGAGGAGCUCCUGUCGGUGGCGCUGUCCCUCACGGCGCCGCGCGACGCCUGCCGCGCCGCCGCGGUCUCCCCGGCAUUCCGCGCCGCGGCCGACUCCGACGCCGUCUGGGCCUGCUUCCUGCCCAGCGCCCGCGACCUCCCGCCGCUGGCCGACGGGGAGCCGCCGCCGCGCAGCAAGAAGGACCUGUUCCGCCGCCUCUCCGGCAGCCCCAUCCUCCUCCCAGGCGGACUCGUGAGCAUGUGGCUGGACAGGGAGACCGGCGCCAAGUGCUACAUGGUGGCGGCGAGGGAGCUGUACAUCUGCUGGGGCGACACGCCGCAGUACUGGACCUGGAUCCCUCUCGCCGACGCUAGGUUUUCGGAGAGUGCUCAACUCAGACAAGUCUGCUGGCUGGAUAUCUGCGGCAACAUACAUAGCAACAUGCUGACCCCAGGCUCAGCCUACGCCGCGUACAUGGUGUACAAGUUGGCCGACGAUUCCUAUGGACUGGACUCGCCAGCCCAGGCAUCGGUCAGCAUUGGAGGCAUCAACCGAUCAACCCGCAAGGUCAGCCUGCAGCUCCAUGCUGGCAGUGGGCAGCAAAGAAGCACGAGAAGAAACCGCCGCCGUGCAGUUGAGGACGCAGUGCUCCCUUGCAAAAGAGCCGACGGUUGGGUGGAGCUGGAGCUGGGUGAGUUCUUCUGUGAGGGGGGUGAAGACGGCGACGUGUCCUUCGGCCUCGCGGAGACGCAAGAACUGGGCUGGAAGAGUGGUCUCAUCGUGCAGGGCAUCGAGAUCAGGCGUAAGAAAUUGGGCUAGUUAAUCAAGGAGCUUCUACGCGUGCAGGUUUACUUUAAUCCAGUAAGUAAUAAUGUACUGUAUUGUAUAGGGGAAAGGAACCAUAUCUGUUUGUAAUGCAUGUUUCUGAACUGAUACCUUUGUUUCAUGUUAAAAGAAGGAACAGUUAAACAAGACAGGAAUGUUGAGAUUUUCAUAGGCAUUUCUUCUCAUUGGUGAUAUUGGAUUAAUUGCAUUCCGUUCUUUGCAAAUGUACUUACACUUGUCUAAUGAUUUUCCUACAUCAGGCAGCAGGCUGAGGUUUCCGAUGGAUGAGUUCAAAUUAUAGGUGCAGGGUCUAAUUAUAGUCAACAUUCAGAAACCUGUAUGGCCAUGCCAUGUUCUCUGCAAUCUCUCCUCUGUCCUCAGCAUAUAAUGGGCUGCAUCACAGAUGAACUGUAGAAACUACUCCCUCUGUUCCAAAAUAUAAGUCUAUUUAGAGAUUCCUAUAUGGACUACAUCCGAAGCAAAAUGAGUGAAUCUACACUCUAAAAUACGUCUAUAUACAUCCGUAUGUAGUUUAUACUGAAAUAUCUAAAAGUACUUAUAUUUAGGAACGGAGGGAGUAGAAAUGAGUAAGAUAUUUCAGUAAUACUAUUGUUCUUGGCUGUUCUUUUUUUAUUGCCAAUUGUAUAGAAAUGCCAUGGCCCAUGGUGAUGAGUC